ACGAAGCCUUAAAGCGAGAAGAGAGUGUCGUCGCGGGCUUAAUUCUGCGUAAUUGCAAAACCCAAAUCUCGUCGUCUCUUUCCUACUCAACAGUUGCACAGGUUGUUUUUAUAGUAUCUCCGCUCCGUUUUCCGGAAAUCCAAACACCGUGGCGAUUGCAUGACCCCGAAAAAGCGAUUCAUCGACGAUUUGUACUGGAAAUCUUAAUUCACAGAUUUUACCGAUCUCGAAGGAAGUUCGUGAAGCGAUAGCUUCUGCUCAUUCCUCUCUCGUGUAGUGUGAUUUCAUCAGAGAAGAUGAAGAAAGUUGAAAAGCAUGGUUCAACGGGAAGGAUGUGCACCAGAUCUCUAGCGUCUGCCUUAACAGAACAAGAAACCUCUGGGUUGAGGAGGUCAAGCCGGGGAAUACCGCCGCCUACUAAGCUAAUAGCUCCAACUUCUUCUACCCGAAGGUCCGAGAGACUGGCUUCCUCACCUACUUCAGCUACAGGAAAGCUUGGUAGAAUGGAGAAGAAAAAAACAGCAAGUCCUUUGCAAAGGUCCGAUAAGGGAAAGAAUGUAUCCUCGGAGAAUUCCAAAGGAUCAGAUAAGUCUGGCAGGAAUGCAGACACUUCAUCGGAUAUGGGGAAGAGCAGGGAUACAAUGAUAAAUAAUAUAGAAGAGUCGAGUAAUAAGAUCAAGAAAUUUGAGCCGAAGAUGUCAGGCCGAAGUUACAGGGCUUUGACUAGAGGGCUUCUCAAGGUUGAAGUUAGAGCUUCUUCAAAAGACGAGGAACCAUUAGUGCUUGGUUGUUCCCGCCGCGUGCCUGCAGAAAAUGAUGAUGCUAGAGACGCUAACAGUUCUCUACUUGCGAAUUUAGAAUCUAAAAAGCUGACAGUUGGCGAAACUAGUUUACUGAAAGGCACUGAUUUCCCUGUGAAAUUAAUCAGGGACACUGAAAAGAUGGUGCUUGAUGCAUCCCCCAUGGUUGAAGCUGGGGAUAACAGUGUUAUAGGUUCACCAUCUGAGAAUUCAGAAAGAAAAAAGCUUCUUGACAGUAAAACUAGCUUAGAAGCCAACAUAGAAUUGUCUUUGAAAAGAAAAAGGGACACUGCUGGAAUUGUGCUGGAUGCAAAUGGUGUAGUUGCUAAAGCAGAUGACCGCGUUAUGAGUCCUCAUGGGGUCCUUCUAUCUCCAUCAGGGUGCAAAAAUAAUAAUCAACCUGAAAGGUGCAGCACAUGUGAUAAACGGCAAAAGGUCAACGAUGAUUCUGAAAAUCUGAAUGUUUGCUCCUGUAUUGCCCAGCCAGUUCAAGAAUCUGAUCACGUGGCACAGGAAUCUGGACCCGCGACACGCAGAGACUAUAGGGAGAACAGGCAAAAUAUGCAACAAGAUAAAUCAUAUGAUCCCAAAAUGUCAUCGAUGUACCCAGAGUAUUGGGUUCCAGUGCAGCUAUCAGAUGUACAGCUGGAGCAAUACUGUCGGACUCUAUUCUCCAAAUCUUUAUCUCUUUCUUCGCUGUCGAAGAGUGAUCUUGUUGGAGCUCUCGAAGAAACUCUCUCUUCUGUAAGGAAAACCUGUGACCACCCAUAUGUUAUAGAUUCAUCUUUGAUACCACUGCUCGCCAAGAAUCGGGAGUUGCAUGAAUUCCAGGAUGUAGAAGUCAAAGCAAGCGGAAAACUUCACCUACUUGAUGCGAUGCUUACUCAGAUAAAAAGAAACGGUUUAAAAGCAGUUGUCUGCUACCAGGCAACAAAAAGCCCUGAGGGGCUUUUGCUUGCUAAUAUUCUCGAAGAUUUUGUGAGUCGAAGAUUUGGUCAAAAUUCUUAUGAGCACUGGGUCUGUCUCUCAAAGAAGAACGCUAUAAACAUUUUCAACAAGGAGAGUCAAUGUUUUAUUCUGCUGUUGGAAACACGUGCCUGCAGUCAAAGCAUUAAACUCUUACGGGCUGAUGCUUUUAUUCUUUUUCGAAGCAGCUUGAAUCCAUCGCAUGAUGUUAAGCUCUUAGAGAAGAUAAAGAUUGAGUCACAUUCUGAAAGAACUAAAAUAUUCCGGUUGUACUCAGUAUGUACAGUUGAAGAAAAAACCCUGGUUUUGGCUAGACGAAAUAAGCCUCUAGAGAACCUAAACCGUCCUCUCACACAUGCACUGCUCAUGUGGGGGGCUUCAUAUCUAUUUGAUAAGCUGGAUCACUUUCAUGGCAGUGAAACCCGAGAUUCUGGAGUUCCAUUUGAACAAUCUAUUAUGGACGGCGUGAUUCAUGAAGUCUCGUCCAUACUUUCUUCUAAUAUUGGAGAAGAAAAUGAAGUCAAGCUGUGUCUACUUUUGGAAGCCAAGCAUGCUCAGGGAACUUACCGCACUGAUUCUACUCUAUUUGGUGAAGAUCAUAUCAAGUUGUCUAAUGAAGAUAGUCCAAAUAUAUUUUGGACAAAGCUGUUGGGGGAAAAGAAGCCUAUGUGGAAAUACUGUUCCGAUACUCCUCAAAGGAAUCGAAAAAGAGUACGGUAUCUUCAAGGAUCUGAAGAGACUGCCAAAAUUGGCAAUGACAGAAAUAUAAAGAAGAGAAUGAAGGCUUCGGACGAUGUCAUAGUAGAUAACGAUCAAAGAAAAGCCUCUGGGAAGGAGCACAUGGAGGCUUUGGAGUCACCAAAAGUCACAAUACUCGAGUCAUCAUGUAGAUCUGCCUCUGGUACUAAUGAUACAUUGAAUGGAAAUGAUGGUAUUGGGUUGUAUUCUAUGGGGGGUCAUAUCUCUGGAAUCCCAGAAGAUAUGUUUGCUGGCAUUAAUUGGAGACAAAUUACGCACGAAUCACAGAAGAGUCUCCAUGAUGUUAUAAAGCCGGAGAUGGCAAAACUUUGCCAAGUGUUGCAUCUUUCAGAAGAUUCGACAAGCAUGGUUGAAAAAUUUCUUGAAUAUGUUAUUGAACACCACCGUAUCUACGAUGAGCCAGCCACCACAUUGCAGGCCUUCCAGAUAGCAUUGAGUUGGAUUGCAGCCUCGUUCGUAAAGGAAAAGGUUAACCGCGAAGAAUCUCUGGUCCGCGCAAAAUCGGAAUUAGCUUUCAAUUGCUCUAGAGAAGAGGUCGAUUAUAUAUAUCCGUUUUUGUGCUGCAUGAAGAGUCUGUUCCUGGAGCGCACACGAGGUUUGCAAUUGGAUUGCUUUGGUACUAAUUCUAAACAACCAAUGGUUAGUACGAAACAAGUGAAUCAAUGUCUCUCAGUAGCUACAGUGCGUCAGGAAAAAAAUUAUACAAAAUCGAUGCGUAGCUCAGACGGUGAAGAAUGCAUGACUGAGAAGAGAGAUAGCCAUUAUAUCUCAGUAGCAAAAGAUAUCGAAAAGGCUAUUAGCUACAUCAAAAAAAAAUGCAAUAAGAAACUGCAAAAGCUUGUAAAAAUUCAUGAAGAAAAAAAGGUGGAGCUGGUGAAUAUGAAUGCAGUCAAGAAGCAGAAACUUGAAGGUGAUAAAAAGGUUGAAGCAUCAUAUAUUCGUAUUACCUAUUCAGGGACUCAGAGCUUAGAGGACGCUCUCAAACGGCUGGGUUAUGAGUUUGAUAUAAAGUUUGAUGAACUCAAAAGUGAGAUGGAUGGAUGCCUUGAAAGUCUAGAGCAAAUGCACGAGGCUGCAAAGAAGAAGUUGGCUGAGGAUGAAGCCUGUUGGGUUAGGCGGAUAGAGAACUGGGCACAAGCUGAGUUAAUAAAUUGUGCUCCCAUUCAAAGUGGCAACAAGCAUUUUAGUGGAAUAUGCUCAUCAAACACUUCCAAAAACGCUCGUGAUGUACAAACUUGCAAUGAUGCCAGUGGUGAAGCUACUUACUCUGAUACGAAUUGCAUGGCUUCCAAGGGAAACCAAGUGCCAGAAGCAGAAAAUACAUCAAGAACCAUGUCGGGUGGCAGCACUCAACAAGUUGAUGAAAUGGUCGCUUCAAGCAAUGGCAAGGCGAUGGAUGUCUCAAGCUUGUCUCAUGAACAGCCUACAAACAAUCUGGCUACAAUGAGCCAGCCCAAUGAGCACGCUUCUAUCACUGCGCCUGAGAAUUUGAUUUCUGCUGGCUGUCAAGAGGAAUUUGAGGCCUUGAACGUGCAGUUGCCAGAAUACCAGAUUUGUGACAGAAUGAUAUCAGCGACACCAGAUGAAGAUGUUCCCUCAAGGUUGCCAGAUAUAUCCCAGUCAUUUGCAAAUCCUGCAAAGUCUGUCUCUCUCGAGAUUUCUUUGGAUAGAGAGGAGGCUUUGGUUUCAAUAGAACAUAAUAUAACAAGUCAUGCGGGCUCUGAUGAUGAAAACGUUUUGGACCAGCAGAAUGAGGAAGCUUGUUCUCUUGAUAAGGAGAUUCCUGACGAGCUGGGAUUGCCUAUUCCACCCCCUGCGUCUGUGGUAGAGACUAGGGGUUCUGAUGAAUCUGAUCAGGAUAUAUGUCCUAUGCCUUCUUCACUGGCUGGAAAGCAGUCUGACCCAUCAGCAAAAAUUCAGGGCCAGAAUAUGGAAGCACCGGUUGAGCCUCAGCCAGGUGAAUCUCCUAUGCCUUCUUCACCGGUUCGAAGGCAUCCUGACCUAGCAGCAAACAUUCAGGGCCAAAAUAAGGAAGCUGCAAUUGAGCCUCAGCUAGGUAGAUCUCCUAUGCCUUCUUCACCGGCUGGAAAGCAACCUGGCCCAGCAGCAAACAUUCAAGGCCAAAAUAUUGAAGCAGCAAUUGAGCCUCAGUCAGCUGGAUCUCCUAUGCCGUCUUCACCGACUGGAAAGCAACCUGGCCCAGCAGCAAAUAUUCAGGGCAAAAAUAUUGAAGCAACAAUUGACCCUCAGCCAGCUGGAUCAGAUACAGUAUUGUCUGGUGGUUUUGCUGCACUAGAGCAGGGUGAUCAAGGUUCAUGUCCUUUGCUAUCUUCUCCGGCUGGAAAUCAGCAUAUCUCAAGCGCAAACAUUGAGGGCCAAAAUAUCAACACACCAGCCGAGCCCCACAUAGCUGGUACUGGUUCAGUAGAGAUUGGUGAUUCCGCAUUAUCAGAUCAGGAAAGAAUAGGUGCUCAGGAUGCAUGGUCUAUGCCAUCUCCCUUGGUUGGAACUCAGGCUGACAUAGCAGCAAACACUGAGGGCCAAAAUAUUACAACAAUGGCUCAGCUUCACACAGCUGGAUCAGAUGCAGUAGAAACUAGUAGUUGUGCUGUAUCAGAUCAGGGUGCUCAGGAUGCAUCUCCUCUGCCGCCUGGUAACCACCCUGAUGCAGUCGUUAAUAUUGAGGGACUAAAUAACACAACAGUGGCUGAGCCUCACACAACUGGAUCAGAUGCAUGUGAAAUGGAAAUAGCAGAACCUUGUCCCCAAGUAGAACAGUCAACCUUUGCAAAUAACAUUAUGCAGCUUGUCCAUGAAGGUGGCGUGGAGCCUUCGGCAGGUGUAACAGCUCCUGUUCCAGCACUUCUUAACAAUGGUACUGGACAAAGGGCCGUUCAACCUGUUCCUCAAAUACCUUUCCCUAUGUUCAGUGACCCAUUUCAGCAUGAGCUGGAGAAGCUGCGGAGAGAAUCAGAAAAUUCAAAGAAGGCCUAUGAGGAAAAUAAAUCAAUCUUGAAAGCUGAACUCGAGAGGAAGAUGGCUGAAGUACAAGCAGAGUAUCAAAGAAAGUUUCAUGAGGUAGAAGCCGAGCAUACCGCUAGAACGAGGAAUAUAGAGACGAGGAAGAAUCUUGUUAUAAUGAACAAACUGUUGGCGAGUGCGUUCUUGUCCAAAUGUAAUAGCAGGAGCGCAUCUCAUCCCUCAGCAGCUCCAAGGGGUAGAAUUCAGCAGCUAGCACAGAGAGCAGCACAAGUGAGCGCACUGAGGAAUUAUACUGCCCCGGCUCCGGCUUUGCCUCAGGCAUCUUCUUUUCCUUCUUCAGUUUCUCGCCCGUCAGGCCUUAUUCUGAAUUCCGCGAACUGUCCAAUGCCUCAGCUAAGACAUCCCCUCAUCUCCAACACAACUCCAUCUUCAUCAGUUUCUCCGGCAACUAAUCCAGCUAUCAAUGCAAGACUACGUUCUCCCGCACUGCAUGUAAACUCAUAUAGACCAUCCUCUUCGAUUCCCAUCCCCACAGCUACUCCAACCUUGUCGCCGCUUCCUCAUGCUUUAACAUAUUCAACUACGUUAAAUCAGCAGCAGCAGCAAGAACAACAACAUAACUUGGGCAGUGGGUUGCAGAGCAGCACUGAUUUGGUCUGUCUCUCAGACGACGAGUAAUCUAAUCUGAUGGUUAGCGUAUAUUAACUGAUUUAGAGUAGUAUAAUCUAAUCAUGUGUAUAAAAGUAGGUUCACCUAUAAAUAUUGAUCGAGUAUGUUUUGGAUGCGACUUUUGGAGUAACAUAUCCAGUGAGUCAGUGACCGUUAUGGUCAUCUUGAAAUGUGAAGUUCUACUGUCAUGUAUUACAAUGCUGGAUCACAACACAAAUGAGAUUAAUGAUUAACUUUGUAGGCA